AUGCGUACUUUACUCCUCCUUCUAGCAAUUGUUGUCUUCGCCAGCGCACGGGUCCCCAGCAAGAUGUUCCGUAGCAAGGGUGCCAAGCUUUGCACAUUCUGCAACAGCUUCGUCGGCGGCAUUGAACUAGGAAUCGCUUCAGAAGAGAAAGACCUUGAGGCCUUGGCAAACACCUUGUGCGACACCCUUUGCAAGAAAGAACCGGCCUUAGACACAAUUUGCCGUGGACUUAUUGACAACGAGCUCGAAUCAAUUGUCAACUGGCUUCUUAAGAACGAGGACGCACAAACCGUCUGCAAGCAGCUCCAUCUCUGCUAA